AUGGCGACUCAUUCGAGGAGUUAUGAUGUUUUAACUGACGAGCAAAAGCGUGUCCUAAGGUCUUUUUAUGACAGCGGUAUGAAAACUACAGCAAAGGAUAUGCACAAAACGAUAAUGCGAGCUGCUGAUGAGGUUGGGUUAAGCUACGAAAGAGUUAAGAAGUGGAUUGGAAAUGAGAGAAGGAAAAGAAAAGUAGUGGAAGGAGUAGAAACCAUGCAAGAAGAUACUGGGCAAUCAGAAAGCCAUGUUGUUAAAGGUCCUCCGCUAAAGCGUUCAACUUCAGGUUUCAACAUAUUUACAUCAAAACUCCUCAGCUCAGAUGAAUGUAAGGAAAUUGAGUCAAAAUCUGAGAAAAUGACCUUUGUUGCUACAAAGUGGCAGUCUCUGAGUGAUAGUGAAUGA